UACAUGUAAUUAUAUCUCUAAAAAUACUUCUGAAGAAAGUACUUCCUUAAAUACUAAUACUAAUAUGAUGCCAAGGUCCGAAUUAGAACAAAAACUAGAUUUUUACAGGAAAAAAGCUGUUGUUUAUAAUAUGGAAAAGUCUACACAAAACUGGAUGAGGAAGUUUGAAGAAUUUCGAACCAAGUAUAAUUAUGUUACACCACUUGAAUUGAUCGAAGAUCUUUAUCUUAUUGAGCAACAAAUAUGUGAAUAUGUUGUACAAAUAACAAAAAAAGGUGGUAGUGAAUACAAGGCCACAACAAUUAAGCAGACAAUUAACAGAAUUAAUAGAUAUCUUAGUAAAAAUAGUACAAUUCAUUUACAUGAGAAAGGGUUGGGUAAAAAAGAAGAAUCAAUGGCAUUAACUGUUCAACAAGUAAGAGAGAUUUUAGAUGAUAAAUUCUUGAAUCCCAAAACACCUCAAAGCUUACUGUAUAGAGUUUUUUUUCGAAUUCAAGGAGAUGAUGUACAACAAAUUCAUCUACUAUCUGAUUCACCUUGUACUUUUGGUCCUGUCAGUGAUCUUGUAAAUUAUAUUUCUAAACAUCCUUCUGAUGCUCCCAGCAAUUUUUAUUUGCACCCAAAUCUAAAUUGGAUCAGAAAUUUUAUGAAAGAUAUCAAGCAAAAAAUAAAGGUAAAACUUCCAGAAGGAAUUUUAACAAACCAUUCUGGAAGAAAAACAGCUACUCAAAUUCUUCAAGAUGCCAAUAUAUUAGAAAAUGCCAUUAUAAAUGUCACAGGUCAUAAAAGUAUACAGAGGGUAUGUGCAUAUCAGCAUAUUAAUAAACAUCAACAAAUUAAUAUGAUGAAAACUUUGGUUAGUACAAUUGAGCCAUUAAAGAAUUCAAACAAGAUAAAUCAAGUUGCAUCUGCUGAAUUUAAUAGAUCUCAUGAUAACAUUAAUGUUAAUAUCAAUACUAUCUCUAUGCAAGAUAUAAACAUGAUACAAGGAGAAUUUCAGAAUUAG